AUGGGCAAAGUUCCCGUAGGCCCGUCACAUCUAUCCAAGGUUCUUGAACUCCUCAAAUCCGAGCCAAAAUUAUCUUUAUUUGGUGUCCGGUCAUUAAAACUGUCUUAUGCUUUUAGAAAUGACCACUUUGGAGCUCGACAUUUCGUGAAAGAAGAACUACCACGGAUAAAAUACGCAAAUCCAAAUUUAAAAGUUGAGGUUGACCGAGUCCUGAAGACAAAGGAGGAACAUUGGAGACCAGAAAUGGAGUUACAGCUUGAUAAUGGGUCUAUAAAGACUAUCAAUAUGCACGACAAAUGGUCAACAACAAUUCUCCAAGAACUGCUCGACAUCUCCGGCGGUGAUCCAUGGACGAAAUGGAAACGUACCAGGUCCGAACGAGGUCUUCCUCUGUUGCCAGGAGAAGAGAAAGCUACUGCGUAUGCUCCUCCAGAUAGAGGCGCUGCAACGUUCAUGAACCUGAAAGAAUGGCGUGAUUCGGCGCAGGCGAGAGCGUUGGCACAGGAGAAGGCAGAGAAAGAGAAGAAGGAGAAAGCGAAGGCGAAAGAAAAAGAAAAGAAGAAAGCAGCGGAGGUUCAUGUGGCUGAAUUGUCUGCAGAGGUACUGGAGAACUUACGAACGAAGACUGGAGCGGCUGCGAUAUUACCUUGA